AUGCCUCAGCUGCACUUCCGGCGCUACAUUGUGAAAUGUUACCUGACUUACAAUGCUGCAGUACCAAGAGGUCCUGGACGCCCUGCAGGUAAUUCAAACCAAGGCAGAGUGCUGCAUGAUAUUAGAUAUGAUGAAGCAAAUCAUCUGGUAGCCAUGGUGCCACAGAAAAAAGCAGACGCUGUGCGGCGGAAAACUACAAAGGAACCCCAAGAACAAUGUGCUGCAAAUGUGAUGUUGGUGGAACUAGCGCCCGCUGCGGAAUGGGUGCGUUUCGGCGACGUGGUUCAGUUGCUGGCCACCGAUUUCCCAGUGGCGCUGUCGACGCUGAUCACUGAAAGGCAGGUGGACCGCGCGCAACAGUUGGUCACAGGAAGCCCGCUCGUCUGUUCGAAGCUGACGACUCCACCAUGCUUUCGAAAUACCUUCCGCAUUCGCAGUGAACAUGGAGAUGACUCCAGAAAUGGUGUACCUGUCAAAUUCAACCAAGACUUUGUUUUGUGUCCAGUUGAGAGCUACGGAAAUCUGCCUCUUUUUGUGGAGUCACGUAUCCCCCAGAUAAAUAUCGGAGUUGGGGCAUCUGGCUUUGCUGCUAUCAUGCUGUCCUGUUACAACAACACUUGUUGUCGAUGGCGAGCCCUGUAUUGGGAUUCCAGUAAACGCCCAGAGAGUGAAGGAUCACCAGUUCCACCUCACAGUAAAAUACUCAUCAAUCACUCAGCAUCCAAUAGAAAUCUGGCAGUUGAACCCGGUAUCUGGUUUCCAACAUUUUUUGGAAUGGAGUGUGAAGUAUCAGUUCAUACAUGCAAAGAUGCUCAAAGAAGAGAGACUGCAGAAAAUCAUUGGAUGUUUGGUAUUCAGAAGCCAGAUGACAUGAAAGUGGCGUGUUCAGAAGCUCCAUCAACAACUGUUGAACAGCCAAAGGGUGAAAGUCAGCAGCCAGAUCCUGAAGAAUGACAGAGUCUAAUAUUUUCAUUACUUCUGUGAAACAUUUAGUUGUUUUGUAUUCUUCAUAUUUGUAUUGUGGCUCUGUAGAGAGAAAUUUUUAAAUAUUGUUUAUAAAAGGGCUAAGUUAUACAGGCAGUAGUUGUGUU